UGCAUCACAGGGGUGUGUUAGAGAGUGUGUGUGAAAGUGUGUUUCCAGAGGCCACACACCAUUGUCUUUGGCGCGGACCAUCAAACAUGAACUUGUUCUGCUUCACUCUGGAGGGCUCGUCAGAAAGCAUAUAUGAAGCACCCUAUAGAGAAACACGUAAGGAAGUCCUACCAAAGCACCAGUGCAGCCCUUCUCUUCUGAGGCCCCAGUGGGGCGGCUCAAAUCCAUCCAUCAGUUCUGUCCGACCAAAGAGUACAAUCAAAGUAAAGAGGAAUAAUAGAAGGUCACAUGUGCCAACAUCACCUUUGGAAAAUGAAACAUUAGACAUUGACCAUGCCGGCUGGAUGUCAUCAGGCCACAGACAGGACUUAUGUCAUCAAAGGAAAGUGAUGUGUGAAGCUCCGUGUCAGAGCAGCACGCUGACGAGGGAUGACAGGACACGGACAGAUCUAUCAGCUCAGGGUGCUGAAACUGCUGAGACAGCAGAAUCAAUAUACUCCACAGGGAGCCUAAAGAGGUUAAAGAACCUAAACCUGCUGCACAUUAAGAAGGGACACCAGAGUGGAGCUGCAGAGAGAAGAGGACCUCUGAGAACAAAGAUCAUGUGGCAGAUGAGUUUGGUAACAACAAUCCAGUGUUGGGCUGCAUUGGCCUGGGGAAGAGAACAGAGAGGAAGCCUUCUAAUGCUCCAUCACCACAACACCACCAACAGGCCAAAGAUGUCCAUGUAGAUUCAGAAGAGGAAGGAGUUUGGAGCCCACAACAUAGAAAUGAUCUGUGGAACCCCUUUGAGUAUCCGCAGCCCUGGACUCCCUUCCACCACACCUGCCACCAACCAGGACAUGAACUGCUGGUCUGCAGGGGCUCCUUGACACCACACGGGUCGACAGAAUGGGAUCGUUUUGAGAGUUUGAUACAGGAACUCGACAGCAAACAGUCUGAUCUGUAUCCUCCGGAAAU